AUGUAUUACGUUGAUUCGCAAAGAACUCUUACGCGUCGUGAAAGUUCUCUACUUACAUCAAGGAGGACAUCAGACGACGAUAAAACAGAAUAUGAUGUUUUGUCUCUUGCUCCGCCACGUUCGAUCUAUCCACUUACUACUAAUACUGCAAGUUUUGAAAUUAUGCGUCCCAAAGGCUCUUUUAAAAAUGAACUCGUUACUAUGAUGUUUGAAUCUAUGUUAGACUGUAUUGUUGAUACAUGGAAAGUUAUAGUCCCACCUAAAGUAGAAGAGAUCAUACCUCAAAUACCACUCGAAAAAACCGCUAGUGAAACUACUUUCGCCAGUAGAAAGAGAAAGAGUAUCAGUGGUGGGUAAUUGUUCUAUUUUAUUUAACCUUUAUUAAAUUAAUUGAUUACAAUACUUGAUUUUUAAACUUUAGCGCUUUAACAGUAGGGUUUAAAAUCAAUUGGAGAAAUUUUACAUAAUGUGGCACUCGUGCAGUCCUGUGUAUUUUACUUAUUUAUUAUUUUGAAUUUCUCAUUUUAGUGAAACCACAGAAAUCUGCAAGAAGAUCAAAAGUAG